GGCGGCGGCCGUGGCGCUAGUGCCAAACUUUGGGGAAUGAGAGCAGACAGCCGCUGUUAAAGGGAAGAACUGUUACUGUACGGAUUGUAUUUGUAAAGGAAGGGGAUUUGUGCCACAUUUAGAGAUUUUAGAGCUUGAAUUCGGACUGUAUUUAAAUUAGAAAUACGGCUUUCACACAUUAUUUAAGCCAUGUCGGAGGACCUAAGCUCCCAACCCUGGUCCAUCAACAAGGAUGACUAUGAGCUACAGGAGGUCAUUGGGAGCGGAGCCACGGCGGUUGUCCAGGCCGCGUACUGCUUACCCAGGAAGGAGAAGGUCGCUAUCAAGCGCAUCAACCUGGAGAAAUGCCAGACCAGCAUGGACGAGCUACUGAAAGAGAUCCAGGCCAUGAGCCAGUGCCACCAUCCCAACAUCGUCUCCUACUACACCUCGUUCGUGGUGAAGGACGAGCUGUGGCUGGUGAUGAAGCUCCUCAGUGGUGGCUCGGUGCUGGACGUGAUCAAGCACAUCAUCUCACGGGGCGAGCACAAGACCGGGGUGCUGGAUGAACCCAGUAUAGCCACCAUACUGAAGGAGGUUCUGCAGGGACUCGAGUACCUGCACAAAAACGGACAGAUUCACAGGGAUCUGAAGGCUGGAAACAUCCUGCUGGGGGAGGACGGCUCCGUCCAGAUCGCAGACUUCGGUGUAAGUGCCUUCCUGUCCACCGGCGGUGACAUCACCAGGAAUAAGGUGCGCAAGACGUUCGUGGGAACUCCAUGCUGGAUGGCUCCGGAGGUCAUGGAGCAGGUGAAGGGUUAUGACUUCAAAGCGGAUAUCUGGAGUUUCGGGAUCACAGCCAUCGAGCUGGCCACCGGAGCGGCACCCUACCACAAGUAUCCUCCCAUGAAAGUGUUGAUGCUGACCCUGCAGAAUGAUCCUCCCUCCCUGGAAACAGGCAUCACCGAUAAAGAGAUGGUGAAGAAAUACGGCAAGUCCUUCAGGAAGAUGAUCUCGCUGUGCCUGCAGAAGGACCCGGAGAAAAGGCCGACAUCAUCGGAGCUUCUGAAACAUAAAUUCUUCCAGAAAGCGAAGAAUAAUGAAUUUCUGCAAGAAAAGUUAUUACAGAAGGCGCCCACAAUAACAGAACGAUCCAAAAGGGUAAGACGGGUUCCCGGCUCCAGCGGCAGGCUGCAUAAAACAGAAGACGGCGAAUGGGAGUGGAGCGACGACGAGCUGGACGAGGAGAGCGAGGAAGGCAAAGCCGCCGUCGCUGCUUUACGGUCGCCGAGAGUGAAGGACGGCCUGGGGAGCGCAGAGCUUUUUCAGACAGGAGAGACGUUAGGCACUCACCUCCAGGCGGGCGCUACCAGCCAGGCUGAUCUACCUCCUCCUCAAAUCUCACAGUGCCCACCCAUUGUUCCCAUCCCUGCCCAGGCUCCAGCUCCGGUUCCGACUCCGGCUCCAGUUCCGACUCCGGCUCCGGCUUCAGCUCCAGCAAGCGAUGCCACGAAGUCGCCCAUCAGCCUGGUACUGAGGUUGAGAAACCUGAAGAAGGAGCUUAACGAUAUAAGAUUUGAGUUCAUGCCUGGUCGAGACACGGCAGACGGAGUGUCCCAGGAGCUGGUAUCUGCAGGCUUGGUAGAUGGAAGGGAUUUAGUUAUAGUUGCUGCUAAUUUGCAGAAGAUAGUCGACGAGCCUCAAACCAAUAAAAACGUCACAUUUAAGCUGGCGUCCGGCGUGGAGGGCUCGGAGAUGCCGGACGACAUCAAGCUCAUGGGAUUCGCUCAGCUCAGUAUCAGUUAAAGUUCGCCUCGGGUGCGGGGACCACGACUUGCCUAAAAAUGUGAAAAACACACAAACGAAACGAAGAAAAAAAAACAAAACAACAAAAAAUUCAACAGAACGACGCACAUUUGUUCCCUUGACCCAGCCCUCGGCCACUUUCAGAUACCACUUCUGCCAAAGAAAAGUGUAGCGUAGCAUUGCAUUGCAUUGCGUGAGCCCCUAGGACGGAAACAAACCUCCCCGGGUGGGGGGUGGGGGAUGAGAGAUGGGAAUUUUAUAGGAAUCAGUCGAGUAACGUUUACAGUGUAUGUGUAGGAGAAUUUUGUUUUUCCACGCCCACCGGCCGCGUCUCCCUGCGUUUUUAUUCCCCCCUGUGAUACCUGAGUUCGGUUCACGCAACUGAACCAACUCCCCUCAUCCCGAUCCGUAUAACAAUGCCUUAUAUUCAACAGAGCUACUGACUGCAUGUCUGAGGCAAAACCUCCAUGUUUCCGGAGUUUACCGUGGUUUCAUGUAUUUUUGGUUACAGUUCUAGCACAGGUGGAACCAGCGCUGUAUUCGUUAGCCGUAUCACGCCGCGUCUGUCAAAUAAACAUUUGGGAAAAGUAUCGGAAGUAUCACUCUGUCUUUAGGCGCUCUAGGUUGUUCUGAAUCCUCAUUAUCUGCUGUACAGAAGGAAAUGAAUAAAUUAAAUAAAACAU